UGCGCUGCAGAUACAAUUUGUUUAUUCUGCGGCCGAAGUUGACGCGAUAAAAGAAACUGGGACUAGAACUUGCAAAAAAGCCGGCUAAUUAACAUGUCCACCUCCGAUGGAGCCCCGGAAAGCAAAAAGCCACGUCCUGAAAGUAGCAGCAACGGGAGCAAGGACCAAAAUGGAACGGCGGCCGGCGCCGGAGGCGAUUCCCGUGAUAAAGUCGCACUGAUAACAGGCAUAACGGGCCAGGAUGGGUCUUAUUUGGCAGAGUUCCUCCUCAAGAAGGACUAUGAGGUGCACGGCAUUAUCCGGCGGGCCAGCACCUUCAACACCACACGCAUCGAGCAUCUUUAUGCCGAUCCCAAGGCGCACAAGGGCGGUCGGAUGAAGCUCCACUACGGCGACAUGACGGACAGUAGCAGCCUGGUCAAGAUCAUCAAUAUGGUGAAGCCCACGGAGAUUUACAACUUGGCGGCACAAUCCCAUGUGAAGGUAUCCUUUGACCUGAGUGAAUACACGGCAGAGGUGGAUGCCGUGGGCACACUUCGCAUUCUGGACGCCAUACGAACUUGUGGCAUGGAGAAGUCAGUGAGGUUCUAUCAAGCCUCCACUUCGGAGCUUUAUGGCAAAGUGGUGGAGACACCGCAAAAUGAACAGACACCCUUUUAUCCCAGGUCGCCAUAUGCCUGCGCCAAAAUGUAUGGCUUUUGGAUCGUCAUCAACUACCGGGAGGCCUACAACAUGUACGCCUGCAAUGGCAUCCUUUUCAAUCACGAGAGUCCACGACGUGGCGAAAACUUUGUGACCCGGAAAAUCACCCGUAGUGUGGCCAAGAUUCUGCUCAAACAAAUGGAGUACUUUGAGCUGGGCAAUCUGGACUCAAAACGCGACUGGGGACACGCCAGCGAUUACGUGGAGGCGAUGUGGAUGAUGCUGCAGCGGGACUCGCCCUCCGACUACGUCAUUGCCACGGGCGAAACCCACAGUGUGCGCGAGUUCGUGGAAGCCGCAUUCAAGCAUAUCGGACGCGAGAUAACGUGGCAGGGCAAGGGCGUGGAAGAGGUGGGCGUGGAGAGCAGCAGCGGCGUUGUACGCGUCCGCAUCAAUCCAAAGUAUUUCCGGCCUACGGAGGUGGAUCUGCUACAGGGCGACGCCUCCAAGGCCAAGCGGGAGCUCGACUGGGCGCCCAAGGUUAGCUUUCUGGAGCUUGUCAGCGACAUGAUGAAGGCCGACAUCGAGUUGAUGAAGAAGAACCCCAUUGCCUAGGGCCUGGAAGCCCGGACUGGGACUUAAUACGGCACAAAGCUCUCUGCCCCCGCUUGCGGAGCUAUCCACUAACCAUAGUCCUAAGCGUGAAUAGUGAUCACUGUAUUCGAUUCGAUUGUCACCGCUGUGCAUGUAUUUCUGUAAUCUCUUGGGGAUUUGCAAUCAUUCCUUUUCUACUUUGCUGCGUACGUUCAAGUUCUAUGUGUGUGAUUCUAAUUGUUUUUAUACACUUUACCAAAUCUAACGAAUAUUUGCAAUAAAUACGUUUAAACUAUAAA